GUCUCAGGUGGAGGUGUACAGUGUCACCGUGGAGUGCACGGUGAUGUCUCGUUUCGCCCACACCGUCAUGACCUCCAAGGCUCUGAACAAAGCAAACUCCUCGCAGGAAAUCUUCUUUGAGGUGGACCUGCCCAAGACCGCCUUCAUCACCAACUUCAGCAUGGAGAUUGAAGGUCAGGUGUAUGCCGGGGAGGUGAAGGAGAAAGAGAAAGCCAAGAAACAGUAUGAGAAGGCUGUUUCCUCUGGACAGACUGCUGGACUGGUCAAGGUCUCUGGGAGAAAGAUGGAGAAGUUCUCAGUUUCUGUCAACAUCGCAGCCAAUAGUAACGUGACCUUCACUCUGACCUAUGAGGAGCUCCUUCAGAGGAAACUGGGCCAUUAUGAGAUUUUAACUCGAGUUAAACCCAAAACCCUGGUCCAGGAGUUUCAGAUUGUGACAAAUAUCUUCGAGCCUCAGGGCAUUACGUUUGUUGAUGCCCAUGCAACCUUCCUUUCUAAUGAACUGCUCCCCCUGGUGGACAAAACCGUCACAGACAAAAAGGCACACAUCUCGUUCUCACCAACUGUGGAGCAGCAGAGAAAGUGUCCAGGUUGUGAUGGAACACUCAUUGAUGGAGAUUUUGUCAUCAAAUAUGACGUAAACCGAGCAAAGGGCUUUGGGGACAUUCAGAUUGUGAAUGGAUACUUUGUGCACUUCUUCGCUCCACCUGAGCUGCCCAGACUCCCAAAGAAUGUGGUGUUUGUGAUCGACAGGAGCGGAUCAAUGAGUGGGAGAAAGAUGGCCCAAACACGAGAGGCAAUGCUGGAAAUCCUCAAAGACCUCCACGAGGAGGACCACUUUGCCCUGAUCCCGUUUGACCAUAAUAUAACUCCCUGGAGGGGCUCACUUAGCAAAGCUACCAAGGAAAAUGUGGAUGAGGCCAGGGGCUACGUGAGGCACUUACGAGACAAUGGAGGAACCAAUAUCAAUGACGCAGUGUUGACAGGUGUGAGAAUGCUGGUCAAAGACAGGAAGGAGAAGAGGCUCCCUGAAAGGAGUAAAGAUCGGAUUAUUUAAUGAUCAGAUGGAAUGCCAAAUUCUGGAGAGACUAACCUCCAGAAGAUCCAGGAGAAUAUGCGUUUUGCCAUCGGAGGAAACAUGUCUCUGUUCUGUCUUGGGUUUGGCGAUGAUGUGGACUACUCCUUCCUGGAUGUGAUGGGCAAACAAAACAAAGGACUGGCCCGCAGAAUAUAUGAAGCUUCAGAUUCAGCCAUUCAACUUCAGGUUUCUAUUUAUGACGUUUUCUAGCCCUCUGCUCUUUUUGGAGGUGGACUCAAGCGUUAUCCCGAGAAUGCAGUAGAUUUGACAACCAACCAUAGCCAGCUUUUUAAUGGCUCGGAGAUUGUGGUGGCUGGUCGCUGACAGACAACGCACCUGGACAACUUACUUCUUCCUGCUUUCUCUCGUAGUUUGAGGAAAAGCACGAAGGCAGGGCGAAGCUGUAGUGCUCUGAACUGGAAUGUUGUGUACCCAGAUGAGGAGUACAUCUUUGGGGACUUCACAGAGCGCCUGUGGGCCUAUCUGACCAUCCAGCAAAUUACUGGACAAGCAGGUUUCAAGAGUGGAACACCAGACGAGAAAGUCAAUGCUACAGCAAAGGCAUUGGACAUGUCUCUGCAAUACAGCUUCGUCACCCCUCUCACUUCCAUGGUGGUCAUCAAACCUGAAACCGAGGACGGGACUGAAAGCCCUCUUAUUGCCGACAAGCUGACAGAGGAGCAAAGACAACAGGCUGACAAAAUGGCACAUCGAUUUGUAACCCCGGUUUCGAACACUUAUUCUUCACCUACAUAUUUUGUGGAUGGAGAUCCUCAUUUCAUGAUAGAGCUGCCAGACAGAGACGACGCUCUGUGCUUUAACAUCAAUGACAAUCCAGGAACCAUUUUCACACUGGUUAGAGACCCAGAGUCAGGUAUUUUGGUCAAUGGCCAGACAAUUGGGGACAAGAAAAUUCCCCUCGAUGGUAAAAUCAACACCUAUUUCUGGCGGUUUGGCAUCAUCCACCGCACUCUGGGGGUGAGGCUGGAGGUCAGCACUCAUGAGAUCUCAGUGUUCCAGGAUGGCAAAUGGGUGAAGCUGCUGUGGUCUGACACAGGCUCUCUCAAAGGACCCAACGUGGAUCUUCUUGUGAAGAAGGAUCGCAGCCUAACGGUAACUCUAAAAGAUUCAGUGAAGUUUGUGAUCCUGCUGCACAAAGUGUGGCAGAAGCAUCCGUACCAUCAGGACUACUUGGGUUUCUACACCCUGGACAGCCAUCUCCUCUCCCCUGCUGUUCACGGCCUGCUAGGUCAGUUCUAUCACGGGAUUGAAUAUGAGGCACUGGACUCAUGUCCAGGAGAAGUCCUGGCAGUUGUGACGCCACCAUGUUCUGAAGGACAGGAACUCAACGUGACCAGUAACGGAACAGGCCUCAUCGACGGAGAUGCAGCAGACUACAUUGUGUCAGGACUUUUCAAAACCUAA